AUGGCAGAAGUCAAGAAAACACUUCAUGAUCCUAAGAUUAUGAGAACCUUACCUGGAGGAUAUCAUUCUAUGCACUGCCUCAGAUUCGCUAGUAAUAGUAAGAUUUUCGUUAGUUCGCCUGUGUCAUUUGAUAUCAGACUCAUGCAUACAGACGAAACAUUACCCACCACUUUUCGGACGAAAAAUUCGCCCAGAUUUUUGACACCAUUUGAAGACGGUGUAUUGUAUACAGGCAAAAAAGGAAUCAGAAAAAUUGACAGAGAAGGCGAUAGGAUAUUUUUAGAAAUUGAGGGGGGUUUGAGAGGCCUUCAGUAUGUUGGACCUAAUACCAUAUUUAUCUGCAAGUCUUCCCAUGUUGAAAAGUAUGCUACUUCAGGGAAGAAACUUUUAGAAAUUAAACUCGACGACCCAGGAAAGCGAAAUGAUAGAAACCUUCAAAAUAUCUCAAUAAACGGAAAUGGAGAUAUUUGUGUGGCAGAGUACAGCGAAGCCGACGAAGCCAAGAACUAUGCCCCUUCACUAACUGUCGUUGAUAAGUACGGAAAAUACCGUUUUUCAUACUUUCCUCAACCUUCUGGUAGUCCAAUGGAUCUCUGCUGUGACUUGAGCUACCAUAUUAUCAUAGCUUCCAAAUUAAUUCACGUGAUAAACAAAGAUGGCUACUUCCUUAGAUAUCUGAACUACGAAGGAGUUCAAGAGCCUUGUAGUGUAACUAUUGACAGUGAGGACCAUCUGUUCGUUUCUCAGUUGGAUGAUACUAGU